UCCGGCGCCCUUCCCCGUGCGGCUCGGCCCCGACGGCGCCCCGCCCCGGAGCCGCCUGAGCGGGGCCUGCCGGCGCCCGGACGGGUCGGGAGGGCGGGUCCCCGCCGCGUCCCUGAGCCUCGCCACGUUUCUCCCAGCACGGCCCUGAAUGCAGUCAUGCGGGGCCUUCUAGGUUUUGUUUUGACGACGACACUCCGGGCGGCGGCGUCCCCGCCCCAUUGCGCAGGCGCAUGCGAGGCGCGCGGCCGGCGGUCCCCGUCGCCCUCUUCCCAGGUCUGGGGUCCUGGGGGUCGCAAGGGGCCGGAGAGGAGGAGGAGACGGAGGCUCGGGGGUCCCCGGUCCCCGGUUAGUCGCGGCCGCAGACUCGGCCACCACAUGGCCCGCGUGCUCGUGGCGAGGAUGCUGGCGUCCGCCCUGAGCCCUCUGUUCCGGCGGAGCCCCGGCCCGGCGAAGACCCGCGUGCUCUCCACGCUCCUGGCGGGGCCCGCGGGGCCCCGGCCCCCGCCCCUGCCCGGCCUGCAGCUCGCCCUGGGCUUCAAGACCAAAGGCGUCAUCAAGGAGCGCUGCAGGGACUGUUACCGGGUGAAGAGGCGCGGGCGCUGGUUCAUCUACUGCAAAACGAACCCAAAACACAAGCAGAGACAGAUGUAGCUCUUUUUGCCGUAAAAUAACGUGCAAGACUGUGUCCCUUCCCUGAGGAACGCUACUGCCUUAUGGAAAAGAAAAUAAAAGGGCAGCGUUGCCUAAUCUAAGGUU